CCCGGACCCUGCAUUCACUAUAUCCGCUCUCCCUGGACCCUGCAUUCACUAUAUCCGCUCUCCCCGGACCCUGCAUUCACUAUACCUGGUAGCCCCUCCCCCUGCAUUCACUAUAUCUGGUCUCCCACAGUACACACAACAUGGAAAUGCAAUUAUUUUAGUAAAUAUAAAUUGCUAAAUACCUUUUCUCAUCAGCAGUUAUAGCAGUCUUGUGACUUCUAUCAUUGUCCAGUUGAGCACUGGUUAAAGCUUGUAGGAGAAGUUUUUAUUCUCCUCU